AUGAAAAAAACUGCUUUUUUUUCUUUUUUUCAUUUGGUUAUUCCAAGAAUUGCUCGCCAUUUUUCUGAGGCAAACCUAAAAGAAUUCGGUGCUGAUUCCUUUAUUAAACCUCCAUCAGAAAUACUAAACAGUAAUAUCUUUUCGACGGUAAACCUUAAACAGAACAUUAACAUAAUCAUUAUGGUUUGUAAUUGCUGUGGUACGGCUGGUAAAAACGCACGAGGCUGCUCGUGCCAAGGUGGCAAGAGCCAUAUGUGUCGGAAUAUCAUUCUAGAACCACUACCUCAGUUUGACGACAUCUGGUCAGUUGGAGCAAUUAACGCCGAUAGUUCUAAUCGAAGAGCCGUAGUUCGCACUUGGCAACAACUUGGAAACAAUAUGGCAGAUUAUGUUUCGAUUCAGGAAGAUGGGUUGCAGAAUCCGGCAAUAUUGUGCAUAACGGAAUUGUCACCGAUUAAAGGAGCUGAAUUAUUUUUUGAGCGUCUGAAUCAGAAUAACAAUAGACCUCGUUAUGACCACAUCAUCGAUAAAUUACUUCCCGCAGAGUACAUAUCUGUGUGCUGGAAUGCUGCUUUAUGGAAAAAGGUUGACAUAACAUAUGAAACUAAUUCUAACACUGAUUACAUUGUUAGUUCAUACGGUCGCUAUAUGGCAAUUUGUCUUCAAACGAUGGGAGCAAACCCAUUGAAAAUGCUUCUUUUUGCAGUGCAUCUGCCACACAAGCGUGGACGCGAGCGUGCCAGGGUAUUGCUAAAAGCAGCUACUCUUAAAUUGGCACAACUCAACAAAACUCAAGCGGUGGCCAUAAUUGGCGACUUCAACAUUGCUUUUGACUCCAGCAAACAUCUUUUCUUCCGAUUUAGUCUACAAUUACGAAGUCACCUUUAA